AUGGUAGGCGGAAUAAAGCCUUCGAUUGCGAAGAGACAAAUUCGAACAGAACCUAGCCCUGACUAUUCAGUAGCUCGUUCAACUGGUGGUGUGGAGUCAUCGAACAAAGAGUCCUUUGAACCUGAGCAACAACAUUUUCCAUCACACUUGAUUCCAGGAACACAGCAUCCGUCCAGUACUGUUACCGUUACACUGACACAAAGUGAAGAUGGCACAUAUUUCCCACCACCACAUCUCAUUGAUGAACUAGAUGCCUGGGAAUUGGGUGUGCCACCCUCACUCACGAUUAAUACACUUGCUCCACCAUCAUCAGGACAGCUGUUGCUUGAAAUUGCAACAGAAUCGACAUCCGAUGGAACAUGCCGAACAGGGGCUUCAAAUGAGGCUGCGUCUGAACUUCCAGUCCCAGUAAAUGGCACAAAGUAUAGGGUCCAGCAACAACUCCAGUUGAGUUCAAUUCAACACCGACGCCAUUUGGUCAAGCCGGAUGAAUUAACAACGAUGACCGCUUCGAAUCCUUCGUCGUUCCUUCCUGUAACUUUGAGUGAAACGCAAGUUCUUAUCUCUUCUACUAGUCCGCCGGUUUCAGUUGUCACUAUUCGCAGUGAAACACCCGAACUACCGACCCCUGAAACUGGACAAUGGGGAACGGAAAAUGGAGUCUAUGAUCCUUUUCAAUGCAGUAUUGGCGUCGUCGGAUUCUGCAUCCGCUUCAAUUUUCAAGGAACAAAAGCGGAAGAAGUGUGUCUUCUUUGUUGA